AGCCGACGUUGUUUUCCUUCGCUUCCAGGCACCAUGCCCUCCCUCGUGAUGCCGUCUUUUCGGUGGGCUUCCCUUUGCCCACGGGCUUACAUCCUACGAUGACCAUUUCCCUAUCGCCCGCCGCGCUGCAGCCCCCGGACGCAACCUGUGCCCUGCAUACGUAUCUCACGCUGCCGUCCUACCUCUUCGGCGACAAGUACCAGCUGGGCACCGAGGAUCCGCUGUUCUUGGAUUCGCACCACCUGGUCAAGUUGCAGUCCGUGACGGGCGAGACGGACCUCGAGGCGCCGGACUGGUCCGUGUCUCAGUGGGGUUCGAAUUGGCUGCUCGAGGUGGCUACGCCCCCUGAGGAUCAGACUCCCGAAGAAUGGAACGUGACCAUUCCGCUUCAUUUGCGUUACUUGGCCCCGUCGGAAAGUGGUUAUCGCUCGGUCGAGGUCCCCUGGCCGGUGGUGUUCUGGGCGUGUGCCGCCAGUGAAGAGUCCAAGAUGCAUUUAAACCCCUUCGACCGUGUGGGCCUCGGAUGGGAGAGGCUUUUUGCGCCCCAGACCAUAUUUUACCAGGUGAAUCCAGCUGCAGAACAGGGUCGGCUGGUUGAGGAGAUCAGCGUGCCCGUGCUGAAGGAGAACGGCCUCUUCAACAGCAGGACCAUUGAAUUUGGCACAGUACUCGCCAUUGUCCUAGGUUCGCUUUGGGUGCUGUGGAAACUCGGCGCCGUAAUGCGGAGCUCUGGCGCCCGCACAAGGAUAGAGAGCCAGAAGAAGUCCCAGUGAUUCGUUUGCCUUGCAGGAAACCCCAGCGCUCUUUCGAGAGACUAUAACCGGUUGUAUAUCCAUCAUCGUUCUCAAUCUGAUCGCUUUAUUUCUCCGU